UGCCACCCAAAUAUGGCGGACAGAGAAGAUUUUUAAGACAACCACAGACGAUUUUCGGGCGCUUUUUAUCAAAUGACCGUGAUGUAGGCGUUAUGUUUUCAUCCACGCAAAAGAACAUGGAGUUGGCUAGCGGUAAGGGAGAAGAUAAACCCGAGACUGUCAUAAAAACUGAGAAAUCCCAGUCUAGACCCGAGGCAAAGGGGAGGGCGGUGUUUCAGCCAACCAGGGAGAAUGGGCAAGUUGUUGCAGUUACAAAUACAGUACUUCAAUACACAUACCCGUUGAAAUUACUGCUGCCUCAAAACGUGAGUGAGACGAAGACGUGCCAGUGGCUGUAUGUCAUCACAUUCGGCGGUGGUCUGGUAGCGGGGGAUAACAUCCAACUGGACAUUGAACUAGCUGAAGAGUGCACCGUUGUAGUCACUACACAAGCAUCAACUAAGGUUUUCCACCGUGUGGAUGAUUUGGUGACUUGUCAGACGGUAGAGGCUAAAGUUGGAGCUGGCUCACUCCUGGUCUUCCUCCCUGACCCAGUGGUGUGUUAUAAAGAUGCAGCAUACAGACAGAAACAGGUUUUCCAUUUGAAACAAGGUUCCAGUUUAGUCCUGUUGGAUUGGUACACAUCCGGGAGGAUUGCACGGGGAGAAUGUUGGGAGUUUCAAAGUUACCACAGUACCAACAGUAUCCACCUGGAUGACAGGCUAGUGUUCAGAGAUGUGGUGCACUUACAGGACACUCCACUUUUACCUGUCCAUCAGGCAAUGGCACAGUACAAUGUGGUGGGCAUGUGUGUUCUUAUUGGUCCUGCCCUGUCUAACCUCUACAAUAAACUGCUGAAGGAACUAGGCAGGAGUAAGCCUUAUGGUUACAAGUACAACAUGGAGGUGGUUUUAAGUGUCAGUCCUCUGAGGUUUAAAAAGGAAGAAGAAGAGAUCCAUGGUGCAGUGGUCAGGGUCAUGGCAUUCACAACCACACAGGUGUUCACGGAGAUGGAGAGAAUUCUACAAGAGCUGUUCCCGAGGCUAGGAGGGAAUCCUUUUGAGAACAAAUAUUAACUGGGAAUUUCUGCAAUACACAAGAGUUCUACUCAGGGGAGAUGACUUUUUGAUAAUUUUGUCAGAUCUGGUGUCCGCAGUAUAACUACUACAA